UCUGUCCCAUCACCCCCAUCCUCUGUCUCAUCACCCCCAUCGUCUGUCCCAUCACCGCCAUCGCCUGUCUCAUCACUCCCAUCGUCUGUCCCAUCACCCCCAUCGUCUGUCCCAUCACCGCCAUCGCCUGUCCCAUCACCCCCAUCGCCUGUCCCAUCACCCCCAUCGCCUGUCCCAUCACCGCCAUCGUCUGUCUCAUCACUCCCAUCGUGUGUCUCAUCACUCCCAUCGUCUGUCUCAUCACUCCCAUCGUCUGUCUCAUCACUCCCAUCGUGUGUCUCAUCACUCCCAUCGUCUGUCUCAUCACCCCCAUCGUGUGUCCCAUCACUCCCAUCGUCUGUCUCAUCACCUCCAUCGUGUGUCCCAUCACCCCCAUCGUGUGUUUCAUCACUCCCAUCGCCUGUCUCAUCACUCCCAUCGCCUGUCCCAUCACCCCCAUCGUGUGUCUCAUCACUCCCAUCGCCUGUCUCAUCACUCCCAUCGUCUGUCCCAUCAUCCCCAUCGUCUGUCUCAUCGCCACCAUCGCCUGUCCGGGAGACAAGACGUCCAUCGAUGGGACGGUCGCGCUGCAGCACCGAACCCAAGCGGGAGUUUGCCCACUCGCUGGAGACGCUGACGCUCACCCUGGAGGACGUCUCCUCCAUACGCAAGGUCCUCUCCUGCGCCGAGCUCGACCUCCACUGCAGGGACCGCGGCCGCUUUGCCCUCCUGGACAAUGGCAAGCUUUGUUUCAGCUGCCAACAGACGAAGUUCUCCCUCUUCUCGCGCCCACGCACGUGCCGCCUGUGCUGCAGGUGUGUGUGCUCGCAGUGCUGUACAAAGGUUCAACUCCCUGACAAGAAGCUGUCCCACGUCCCCGUUUACGCCUUGGGCUGGUCCGUCGACCCCAAGGAUCCCCCCCUUCACACCCGCAAUGGACUCUCCCUCGCCGGGUUGGGCCCUCUGUGGGCCGGUGCGGCCGCCUGGGUGUGGGCCUCUCUCUGCCGUGACUGCUCCCAGCUGCUGGACACGGUCGUGACCAGGAGCCACAGCUCAGCCAGACUGCUCCACAGAGCCUGAGGGCCUGGGUUCAACUCCACGGCAAGGAGGGACUCGGGCGGCGGGAGGUGGGGGAUGGGAGUGCAACGUGGCCGUGUCGGAGACACCGAGAGGCUGGGUUCGAGCCCUGGGUCUGGGUGUCUCUCUCUCUCUCAGGGGGUACAUAGUGGC